AUGGGUAUAGCGGAAUCAACUUUAAGAAAAAGACUGAAGAGCGGAACUGUUCCAACGUCAUUGGGGCGUUAUAAAACUAUUUUUUCAAAAGAAGAAGAACAAGAACUAGCUCAACAGGUGAGAGACUUAGAUAAAAUGUUUUAUGGACUAACAAAAAAAGGAUUGCAAAUUGCGACCUACAAGUUUGCUGUUUUAAAUAAUGUACCAAACACUUUUAAUAAAGUCAAACAGAUGGCCGGUGAAACAUGGAUUGUUGGAUUUUGUCAACGACAUAAUAUUACUUUAAGACAGCCGGAAAAGUGCUCAAUGGGUCGGGUUAUGGGCUUCAAUAAAACACAGGUGCAACGAUUUUUUGAUAACUUAAAAGAAUUGUAUGAAAAGAGAAAAUAUAUACCAGAGCGUAUAUUUAAUAUGGAUGAGACGGGGCUUUCCACCGUCCCAAACAAAUUACCGAAGGUGCUAACAACGAAGGGUAAAAAACUUGUGAGUAAAGUAUCCAGCGGAGAGCGUGGACAACUAAUCACUGCCGUUUGUUGUGUAAGUGCCUCUGGGAUUUACGUUCCUCCGGCUCUAAUAUUUCCCAGAAAAAGGUUAAAAGAUGAACUUUAUUUGAAUGCACCACCCGGGACACUAAAAUUAAUAUCUGACUCAGGAUUUAUUAACACAGAUUUAUUUUAUAAAUGGAUAAAACAUUUCAAAACUGCCACGAACCCUACAAAAGAGAGCCCUGUACUGUUAGUACUAGACAAUCACAGCUCGCAUCGCGAUUUGCAAGUGAUCCACUAUUGCAAAGAAAAUCAUAUUGAUUUACUGUCUCUUCCCCCACAUGCGAGUCACAGGCUGCAGCCCCUAGAUGUUGGUUUUUUUGGUCCAUUAAAGACCGCUUACACCAACGAAUGCGAUAAUUGGAUGGUUUCGAACCCAGGAAAAGUGAUUACUCAAAUGCAGGUUGCAGGCUUGUUCAAUGCGGCUUAUUCCAGGGUAGCAAAUUUGCUCAAAGCCCAAAAUUCAUUUAAAUCCGCAGGAAUUUAUCCGUAUAACCCUUUACAAUUUGACGAUAUUGAUUUUGCUCCAUCUUUAGUGACGGAGAUACCAUUACCUCAACGACAAGACGAGGAGGCGGAAUUAGAAAUAAAUUUUCCCGGCCAUGUCACACCACCGCCAUGCAAUUCAAAGGACAAUGAUAACCCUGUUUUUAAUACACCGCCCCCAUGCUGUUCUCGAGAUGUGGUUCCUACUUCAGAAGAUAUGCCACCCCCAUGCUCUUCUAGAGAUGUGCUUUCUACUUCAAAAGAUAUGCUCACUGACAUUACGGAUCUGGACAUCGUUUGCGAAGACGGUACUUUAAUACCCAGCACCUUUACAGUCACCGAAUCCCCCAAAAACAAUAAUACAUCUCUUGUAACUGCAGUAAAAAUAUCCGAUAUUUUACCUUUGCCAUCAAUACAACACGAACAAAAUCGUCGCAAAAGCAAAAGUCAAAGAUCGGAAAUAUUGUCUAGCACUCCAUUCAAAUCCGAGCUGGAAGAAAUAGUAAAACAAAGACAAGCCAAAGAAGACCAGAAAAAAGUAAAACAAACAAAAAGAAAUUUAUCUAACACGAAACUUUUGACAAAGAAAAAGAAAAAGGCGACAAAGACCACUGAAGAAAAAACUGAUUGUCCAGGUUGCGGAGAGACUUUCACGGAACCACUAACCGAAGAUUGGAUAAUGUGUUCAAAAUGUUCUAAUUGGUGGCAUGAAGCCUGUACAACUUAUGUUAUAGGCGUUUUUACCUGUUUUGCAUGUGACAGUUAA